AUGGGUUCUCAUGAGGAUUCGUCAAGAGAGAAGCAAGAGGGUAGUAGCCUAGGCGAGCCGGCGGAAAGCCGUCCAACACCCCUAUCUAUCGAAGAUAGGACUCCCGGCAGUGGCACCGUCGGAAACGAGCUAUCAGGCACGAGCAGCACAACCAUACCAGACCCCGAGCCCCUCCACCCAGCGUCGAGUGGCCCAGACUACAGCGUUUUCUCAAAGCCAACGAAACGAUGGAUCAUCGCCAUGGCCGCCUGUGCGAGCUUUGUCUCGCCCAUGACAGCCAACAUCUACUUCCCAGCCUUGAAUUCCAUUUCCGACGAUCUUGGCGUGUCGGUCAACCUCAUCAACUUGACCCUGACGACGUACAUGAUCUUCCAGGCCAUUGCUCCCACGAUCGUCGGCGAUUUCGGCGACAUGGCCGGGAGGAGGCCUGCUUUCAUCAUCUCCUUCUCCGUCUAUGUCUUUGCCAACCUUGGCCUUGCUCUUCAGAACAAUUACGCGGCUCUGCUGGUGCUGCGUAUGCUCCAGAGCGCUGGAAGUAGUGGGACUCUGUCGUUGUGCUUUGCCGUGGUGGCCGACGUUGCGGUGAGCGCGGAAAGGGGAAAGUACAUGGGCAUCGUCGGGGCGGGUAUCAACGUUGGACCCGCGCUCAGCCCGGUACUCGGUGGGAUUCUGGCCGAAUAUCUGGGCUGGAGAGCCAUCUUCUGGUUCUGCCUCAUCUACUCUGCGGUGUGGCUCAUACCAUACACCUUGGCGGUGCCAGAGACGUGCAGAAAAGUAGUGGGGAACGGCUCUGUACCUGCACAAGGGUGGAACAGGACCGUCGUCGACUUCCUUCGUCGUCGGGGCAGUCCACAAGAUGCGGAUGCUUUGGCGGGCGCUCCUAAAAGGGAGCUGCGCUUUCCCAACCCUCUCAAUACCCUGAGGGUGGUGCUUCAGAAGGACUUAGCCCUCCUUCUCUCCUACAACACCAUGAUUUAUCUCGUGUUCAUCCUCAUUGCUGCUACCUUGUCCACAGAGUUUGCAGACAUUUACCACCUCACCGACUUACAAAUUGGGCUGUGCUAUCUGCCAUACGGUUUGGGUUGUUGCCUGGCGGCCGUUUUACAGGGCUACAUCCUCGACACCAACUACCGCAGGAUAGCCCACAAGAUCGGGUUCACAAUCGACUACAAGCGGGGCGACGACCUACGGAAUUUCCCCAUCGAGAAGGCCCGGCUUUUCCCCGUCUUCCCCAUGUUGUCCACGGGCAUUGCGGCAGUCAUCUGCUACGGCUGGGUUCUGAAUGCCGGGGCCGCCCUGCCCGGCCCCCUUGUCUUACUCUUUGUCAUCGGUCUCUGCGUUACGGGAUCGUUCGGUAUCCUUAACACCUUGCUGGUCGAUCUGUACCCGGAGGCCCCAGCAACAGCCAUAGCGGCGAAUAACCUGCAAUUGACACAUUUCAACGCUGCCUUUGCUAACCCUGUUUCGGUGCCAAUGGAUAGUGGUGACAGUAUUGUUACGUGGUUUGCCUCGUUAUGGUGCAAAAUUUAA